AUGAAACCUCUUCUUCUUGUCUUCCUCUUUGUCUUCUCGGCCGUGUCUGCCGAUGAACUCGACAAAUUCAACAACCUUCGUAGAGGAUUUGCAAAAUCUAACGCGAUGCCUGAUAUGUGGGAGCUGACGUACAGCAAGGAACUGUUAGAUAUCGCUUCUCACAUCGAGUGCCCGACCAAACCAGGUGCUAACUGGCGUUUCUUCUACCUUAACGGAGGGAAAAACGCAAGAGAUUAUGAUAAUUUCUUGAUCGAAUGGUUCAAGAAGUUCGAAAAAACAAACGCAUCAGUUGUCACCGCUCAAGUCAAGGAAUGGGAGAAAGGAACUGCAUAUUUCUUGGAAUACGUCAACCCAAUUCAAACCAAACUUGCAUGUGUUGAUAAACAAUGCACUAUUGAAUCGACAGAUCUUAGUAUCAAAAUCAACUAUAGAAGAAUGUGCUUGUUUGGACCAAAUAAUUACCUCGGAAUGACUAUGCCCAUCGAUGAGAAGUCCGGAAAAGUUCCAGGAUCGAAGUGUGGACCAAACGGAAAGAAUAACGACGGACUCUGUGUUCCUAAAUAA